UCUUGGUUUUGUUUUGCUUUGCUUGUGACAGCAUGCAAUCAGUUUUGCUGCCGCUAACGUUGCAAUACUAACUACAGCACUUAAAGUAAAGUUAGCUUUGUGCAAUAAAUUUGCAUAAUCGCUUUGUUUGAGAUUUCGAUUUUUUUUUCAAUGUGGUGCACAUGAAAUCACUUCAUCGCAAAAUAUAUAUAAAAUUUUUAAACAUACUGGUCAGAUGUGGACAGUAUUUCAAAUGAACUUUUUUGAAAUUCUUUUCCUCUUUCAUCGCAUUUAUAUUCAAAUAGUGUGAGGAGCAAUGUAUCGUUCCUGUGCCAAAUCUACUGAAUGCAAAUUUACACUUGUUGUUUUCAUCUGAAAAUUAGAUUUUCAAGAUGAGUAGCCAAAUUUUAUAUUUUAUUUACAAAGUUAUCACUGCAUUUGUUUAAAAGAAAUUCGUAUUCUUUUGCGAAUCUCUGUUGUUCAGCAUCAUGGCAGACUGGGGUCAGCUUUCGCCUGCAGAAUUUGAAAAAAUUUCGAAUGUGCUCAAGCGAGAUCGAGAGUUGAGAUCAAUGGAAGAAGCUCGCAUUCGGCAACUUAAACAAGAACUAUUAUGUUUAAGGAAGCGAGCUGCUCUGAGACCUGGUCUUGAUCCGUUACGAAAUUGUGCCCGGUGUUUGUCUGAAUUAGGAAGAAUUUUAAAUCGUGGUGCUUUGUGUCCUUCAUGUCUGAAGAAAGUUUGCAAAGAUUGUCGACAGUAUGGUGAUGAAAAUCACGAAUGGCUCUGCAUUUAUUGCUAUAAGCAAAUGCAAUUGAAAGCCAUUUCUGGCGAAUGGAUGCAAGAAUUCAGUAAGUUAUCUAUUCGACAGGGUGUCAAAGAUCCUCCGAGAGAUCAGUUGAGGAAAGUACUUCAAGAAUCUCAAAGAAAAGGCUUGUUGGAACCUGAAAUUCUUGAAAAAAAGAAAAUUCCCACUGAAGCUGAAAUCCCUCCUCAGAAGCCACCUCGUUCGUUUCAGUACGAACAAUCUCGGGAGGAAUUCCUUCAUGAAGAUAAAACGGAUUCUUCUGAAAAUGAAGUUAAAGAAACUACCAAUGAAACUUCGCGUUCUGGAGAAGUUAAUCAAACUACAGAAACCAACCACAAACAAUCGCCAAAAGUUCUUCCUAGGAUUAGUCCAUGGAACGGCAUUGAUCCCGAGCCAACAAUUCCUAUACGUGUUGAUAAAUCCCGUUCCUUCCGAUCAUUGCAGCAGUAUGAAAUUUCAGAACAGUCUAGUUACAGAGAACGCCAAUCUUCCGACGAAGGACAUUGCACACUUGGUUUCCGUUCUCGAUCCACUAGUAGCGAAGUAAUGGACGAUAGUGAAAACCUCACCCCUGUGCCCAUACCCAGAAAACGCCUCAGUCCACUGAAAAAGCAACAAGCAAUCCCUGAACCCAGUUCCGUUGAGAAACAGCAGUCAUCUGUUGAUACCGUAGAUAGCGGAGUUUUUAGCCCUGGCUUAAAAAUGGAAAGCUCUAUUGAUAAUACUGCACCUCCAUCUCCUUUGACUUCUUCCCGAUUGUCUUCGACAGAACAUGAAUCUAUUGACAGCCCUUCUAACCGUCCAUCUCCAUUUGCUCAUCGUUCAUCAAGUGAAUCCAGUUCCAGCGAGAAUGAGGAAAAACAUCCAGCUCCUCCUGUGAAAACUUCAGAUGUUCUUUUUAGAAAAGUCACACUCAAGAAAAGAAGUACUGCAUCUGCUGCAACCAAGACAAUGAAAGAGAAACCCCUACCAUCUGCUAUGUCUGCAGACAUGAAUCCAGUUACACCACAUUCGGGCCUCAAUAAUUCUCUCUUUUAUAACCUUUCUAAUUCUUUCUGUCAGUCUAAUUCUAAAUGUAAACUAAUGCAUUCAAAUGCUACUAUUGCUAACUAUGGUUCAAUGAAAGCGCAAACUAUUGGUUUUGGUCUUAAACAAAAACUUAAUAACAAAAGCAUGAUAACAUUUACUAAUUCUCCAAUACGUACUGAAGCAUGCGCCGGUAAAUCUUUGCCUAGUAACUCUGAGGCCCUUUGUGAUGGUAGGAAGACGAUCAAGGAAAUCAACUUACCUCCACAAGAAGGAGAUCCGGAUGGUGAAGAAAAAUUUCUCUCGUCCUUUAAAGAACAAAAAAUGCAUCAUAAAAAGGAUUUUCGUCGUUCUAAAGUACGAAAGCCUACAAAGAAAGAAAGUCAAGAACAAGAAUAUCCAAAGUGGACAUCUGUAGAUAAAUCAUUUGAAAAAGAAUAUGGUACUAUUCAUCCUCCAUGUAAUAAGAGAAAACAUUUCAAAUUCAAAUCAGCAAAUGUACAAAAUCGAUUUGAAUCUCCCAAUAUGUUAUUCCGCAGCUUAUCUUUACCUAAUCGAAGAACUUUCUCUCAUAAUUGGCUCCAAACUUGGCCAUGGAAAUGCCAUGCGUUGGAAGACUGGUUAUGGUACUUAGAAGAACAACCAUGUGAAUCACGAGGUUUCAGUCUAAUAAAUAUACUUCCGAAUGAUUACAAAUUAGUUUAUGUCAGCUCAUCUUCAGAUUCCGAAGACAGUUCUUCUGAUUUUUCUAACCACAGCAUUCAUCAUAAUUUUGCAUUUCACAAUGAUUCUCAAUUAACAUCUAACUCUUCUCUAAAAACGAACCACAGCAAUUUUUAUUUCGAAGACUCUGAUUGGGAGUUAGAAUCCAUCGAUAGCGGUGGUUCGGAUUUCACAUUAAAUAGAUACGAAAAUUUAAUUCAGGUCAACGAAGCGAGUAACUUUUUUAUUCAUAAUUUACAUGACGAUAAAAAAUGGGACAACAAACAAAAACAAACCUGCUCUUUAAUAGUUGAGAAAUCUAAAUGUAGGUCAAUAGACUCGAUCGGUGUAGAUCAUGAUCAGAAAAUGGAAAUAAACAAAUUUCACCGAAAUAAUUCACCAUUCAAUUUUUAUGAAAUGAUGAUUUACUUCAGUUCCUUAAAUUUUUUACCGUAUCAUAAAGAUAAACUGGAAAAUGUUCGUUAUUUAACAAAAUGUCCGAUUCUUUCCCCAUCUGUGGAAAUUGAACAUGUAAGCAAACAUUUUAGCCAGAUGAUUUCAAUUGAUUUAGACAUAACAGACAGUAUCUACUUAACAACGUUACGAUAUGAUGAACUGCAGGAUGACAGUUCUUUCUUAGCAUUGACUGAUAGAUUCAAAAGAGAAACAAUGGAUAUAUCUCUUUUAAAUAAAGAUGUCUGUCGCUUUUUUCAUUUAGUUAUUCAGAAUCCUUUAAUAAAUUUUCAGUAUGCAAAUCUUUUAGAAUUGAUGUUGAAUAAUUUUCAGCGUGAAUUUCUUUACAGUAGUUAUAAUAUUUUCAAGCCCAAAAUAUCAUUAGAUUACUGUGCUUCUAAUCUGAACUGGAUUCAAUUUCCGCAAAUUUCGACGGAGAUUAAAAAUAUCGUAUUUAGUUUCAAAAUUAACAAUUUCAACUCCGACCAAAGUAAAAUAGUUAAUGAAAGGAUAUCACUGAUAGAAGGAAAAUGUAGCACAAAAAAUGCGAAAAAACUGAACUUAUUUUUUGAACGAACAUCUGACUGUUUUCCAUUUUCAAAAGCAAUAACAUCACAACAAUUGUUAUCUUCAAACAGAUUACAAUUAUCAGCGAAACACUCUGGAAAACACUUUAUUGUAACUUCUGAGACGUCGCUCGCAAAUAUUUAUAAAAAUGUAAGUAAUUACUUUCCUACAAAAAACGCCAUUUCAGAGCUAUGGAAUCAAAAUUUUGAAAAUCAAUUCCUUCCCACGACUUACAAUGUAGUUCAUUUUUUGAACUGUGAUACUCUUUUUUUAAGAAAUAAUUGUAGCGCGGAGCGAUUUGGCGGCAAGUUUUACUCUCUACAGUUCUGCAACCCUGGUUGGCGGCAUGAUUGUUACGGGAAGGUGGGGAACUUGCUACAUCCAGGUGACGCCAACGCGUUUCAUUACUUUUCUUCCCCCCCUUCCUCCGGUGAUCCAACUAACCGUGGUAAUGACAAGUCUGCAACAGGUUGGGGGAAACAGCGCUGUUCUAUUGCUGUAGCGACGCGGCGAGUCAUAGACCUUAACCUCAGGGCAUUGGAGUGUGGACGUGAGGUACUAGAUGUGGCCGAUCUCACUACUCUCAUAGGGUGGGUUGCUAUUACCGGAGUUUCAAGCUCCGCCAAACAUGGUGGUAUAGCGAGCAUAGUAAACGCCUUUUUUUAUCAUGCCCCACCUGUUGCUUCUAAACCGGAAGCUGAUUAUCUCCUGCGCCUGACCAGAUCAGAUCCGUGUUUAUUGUUUCAGCGGUCUCCACAUGCGAGCGGAGUGGCACGUAUGAUAGCUUUAAAAUCGGAAGAUACAGUUAUUUCUACGUUAGUUAAAACUGAUUAUGCUAACAAAUUUUGCCUGGAUGAAACUAGAAAGGGAGUUGAUGCUAUGCAGCUCGAAGAUGAGGAAUCAUCUGUUCAAAACAUCCCACAGUGUGCUGAACUUUUAUCUUCUGUGCAUGGUGCAUCCCCAUUGGGUGAUGCUUCAGAAACAGGUACACAAACCGCCACUGAUGGCGCGGAGAAAUCAUCUGUUGGUGCGAGUUACGAAAAUGUAAACAAACUUUAUCCGUCUUUGAAUUUACCUGAAUGUGAUAAAAAUAGAACAUCGAGCAGCUCUUCAGAAAUUUGUUUUAAUCGGGAUGUGCAGGAAGUCCAAGAAUCAUUAAAAAAAUUUGAUUCUGAUAUUUUAACUUGUGUAAAAAAUAUUUUUUUGGAAGAAUUUUCUACUGAAUCAACUUUAAUUUGUAAGAAUGAAUUGUCUAAAAGUUUUUCAUCUGUAAUUUAUAAUUGUUCAGAAACUUUUGAAAGAGUUGAUUGUCAUUGCAAUAAGCCAUGUGAUGUGCCUUCAUCUCCAUCAGUUGUUGAUGCAACUAGAUCUCUUGGAGAUGAAGGAGAAAUUUUAUCUAGUGGAGAUGAAUUGGACAAGCUCGAAUCAGAUACUGAUUCUCAGGAUACUGUGAUAGAAGGUGAAGCAUAUAAAAGGAUCAGAAGUGUUGCAAUCAAAGAAAAAAUUCUUCAUGCAAAUGAGGAAUUAUUUGGUGUAAAUGUUAAAGAAUCAUUCUGUGAUACUACAAGCUCUAGUAAAUUUAUUGGUGUUAACAGUGCAGAAGUAAGUCCUGAAAAUUCUUAUAAUAGUGGUAAAGAAAUUACAAGAAAAACAUUACAAAGCUUAUUUCAUGAUGACUCUAGCAGUACUGAUAAAAAAUCAUCAUAUUCAAAUUUAAAAGAAAUUAAUCCCAUUCAAAAUGCAUUUUCAAUAUCAAAACAUUUUCAACCUUUUCAACAGACUGAUUUAUCAGCUUUCCAUCCUGUGUCAUCUUUAUCAUUCAUAGAAAAUAAAAUAAAUGAAGUGGAGUCUAGAGAAUGCAGUGAUAACUCUAAUGAACUGUCUCCGUCAAGUUCCUACAAAGCAUCUUUUAGUGAAAAUAUUUGCUCAUCAGAGUCCAGUGAUAAUGGUAGUGAUGGAGAAGAAGUCAUUCUUAGUGACACUUCCACAUCAUCUGAUGAAGCUACUUAUAUUGCCCCAUCUUCUGCUUUUCGUUAUUAUAAUCAUCCACUUUCAUACAGACUGCAUACCAUUGUUGAAGAAAGUUGUGAGGAAAGUGAAAGGAGUUCAAGAAGCUCUGGGCCAACAAGUAGAGCUAAUUCAGAUUUUGAAUAUUUUGAUAAAACCCAAUUAUCAUCUUCCAAGAGCCCAAGAAAAAUGUUUCGAAAGUCUGUUGCUGAUAAUACCAUUAUUAGCCAUGCAAAAAAUGGAAAAAGUUCACCAUCAUAUGCUGUCCUAGCUACUUCUCGAUUAGAAAAAUAUUUCAAGUCUGGUUUAUUAGAAGGUGAAGUGUCUUAUCCUGAAGAUGAUAUGACUGAUGAAAGUGGAGGUAUCAGCAGUGAUGAUGAAAUAUCUAUUGCUCAUGUUAAAGAUGAUUUAAAGAAUCAGUUAAAUAACAGUAAAGCAAGUUCAGAGAAGUUAAGCAAAUUAAGUUCUUCAUCAACUGAGAAAUCAGGCAUCUAUUCAAAAUCAUUACCUACUCCUGAUUCAAUUUCAAAUACUUUCAAAUGCUGCUCUUCCAGUUUUGAAACACAUAAACAGUCAUUUACAAAGAAAGAAAAUAUUAUCAAUAACCCACCUUUCAGAGCAGCUUAUGAAUCUGAAGCCUCAACAUCAGAUACAAAACAAAAUAAAAGUACUGAUUCUGUUUCUGAUGACGAUGCAAAAUAUAUAAUGAGUCACCUGAUGCAGCACAUUACUAAUAACUCUGAUGUGAAACCUGAGGUAUAUCCUGAAGUAAAAGAUGUUUCUCCAAUGCUUAAAAUAUUAGAAUCUGAAAUAGCUCGUUUGAUGCUGACUGUUUCACCUGCAUCAUUAUCUACUGGUGAUCCUAGUAGUAGUUGUAGUAGUACUAUUGGAAGCAAUAAUAGUGAUUAUGGUAGUGAUACAUUAGAAUCAGCUGAAGAUUCCACUUCUGAGGAGGAUAUCAAUGCUAGAGAAGUACCUGAAAAUCGGACUGUUCUGGAUCUUCCUUCUCAAAAUGAGUCUGGCUCUAGCUCGGGAAAUAAUGAAAAUCCAUCUGUAGAAAAUAAUUUAUCUGAAAUGCCUCAAGUGCCUGAUGCAGUUGUUUCAGAAGAAACAUUAUUUAUAUGCAAGCAGCUAAUGGCAUCACUGAAAAAGAUUGCUGAUGCUAAAGAAGGUACAGCUGCAUCUGAUGAGUACUGUUCAAAUUCAGAAGACCACUCUGCAAAACAAUACAUAACAGACCAGAUAGUUUCUCUAAUGCAAACUGUUAAUGCUAGUCAUAAUAAUUCACCAUUAUUAAGAACAUUAACAUCAAAUGUUUCAUCUAUUAUGCAAGUGGAUAGUGAUGUUAGCCAAGAUCGAUCUGAUUCUGAUAGCCCUCCCUUAAAUGAUGAAAAGAGAGAUCAUCCUAAAAGCAAAACUCCAUCUGAAUCAGGUUCUGAAACAACAAUAUCUGCCAGCAUAAGUAUACCCAGUUAUGAUGAUUCUGAUCGAACACCUACUGAGUCAGAAAUCUCUCAUGAAAUGGAUGAGCUUUAUGCCCUUCUUGAAAGUAAUGGAAGUCAUCAAGAUGUGAUAUCUUCAGCUAAAUUUUCAUAUGAUCUAGAUGCAAAUGGACUUGAAAAAAAUGAAUCCCCACGAAACAUAGAUUCUCCUUUAAAUGAAACAUUUACCAUUUCUAAUUCUUCUGAUUCAUGUGAUAUUAUUUCUUCAACAUCUGAUGUUCGUUCUUCCUUAUUAUCAGGAGCAGCAAGUAAAUUAGAAAGUCUCUUACCUAUUACAAUAGAGGAGAGGAUUGCCAGGUAUAAAGAUGCUUUCCUAGGUGAUGAAACAGAAACUGAAUAUAAAGUGAAUGAAACAAGAAUAAAUGUUAUUUUACCACGACCUUCCAAAUCUGAUAUUAAAAAUACAGAACUUCCUGUGUGCAGGAGUCGAAAGCUUGCAUGUUUUAAUCCUGAUUUAAAGGCAAGAGAGAGCUGUGAUAUUACAACAUAUAAUUCCAAUGUUAAUAAAAGCAUGAAAAAUGAAGAAAACUAUAAUAUAACAUCAGUAAAAAUAAUUUCUCAUAACACUUAUCCUCUGUCAUCUGCUAUACAUAAAAUUUUAAGUAGCAAUAUUGAUUCAAAAUAUUUGGAACAAAAAUUAGACUAUCAGAUUGUGAAUAUCUUAGAUUCAUCUGCUGAUAAAAUUUCUUUGAGUGAUGGUGAUCUAAGUAAUGAUACUCCUAUUCAUGUAAGUGAAAAAGAUAUUGAAGUAGAUGAUUCCCCUAGUAUAAUUGCACCUUUACCUAAAGUCAUAAACCCAAAAGAAAAAGCAUCUAGUGAAAAUGACCUACUAGUUGCUAAUUAUCGUGCUGAAAAUAAAGUUAACAAAGUUAUAGGAACUAAAUCUGUAGGUAACAUUUCAGAAUUGGAAAACACAAAUAAUAAAAGUGGAUUUCGAGAUACUGGCUAUUAUUCAUUUAAGUCUUCAGAAGACAGUUUUUUGAGUUUUGAUGAUUCAACAAGUCAAACUUCAUCUGCAUCAUUGACUAAACAUAGAUCUUUAACAUCUACUGAAACUAUUCCUGAAGAGGAGGAAUCUAGUUCCACACAUAAAGGAACAACAGCCACAAAGAUGUCGCUGAGUUCCAGUAAUAUUCCAGAUGCAGUGUGUGAUGCAUCAUCUUCAAAGUCCAGUACAUUGCCUCUUAGUUUACGCAAUAAAUUGUCUGUAACUCCUGGUGGUAAUCAUCGGAGCCGUUCAUCCUUUUUUUCUACCUCAGGUGUCCUGAGAAAGCUGACACUACUUCGAGAUGAGAGUGGUAAUUCCUUGAGGUCAUCACCACAUGGUAGACUACGUAUACGAAAUCGCUCAUUGUCUGGAGGAAGUGAAGACGGUAAACAAAGGAAGACAACAGUUCCUCAGAUAUCUGUUUCUGAAUGUUUAGAAAAUCCUAUUGGACGGUCUAGUACCGCUAGUUCCGAAAAAGAAAGUUCUGGAGUCCAAGAAGAUGAAAUUGAUCAAGCAUUUGCCUAUCACUGUCGCAGUCAAAUGUCAUUAUCUUCUUUUGGCGGCAGAAGUGAAAGUGUAACAAGUGUUUACAGUGCUGCUGGUGGAGGUCGCUAUGGAACAGUGACUGUUACAGGAGAGGUUUUGUUUGGCCUUAUUUAUAAUUAUAAAACAAGCACUCUUGAGAUUAAUGUAAAAGAAUGUCGCAAUCUAGCAGCAGUUGACGUUAAAAGGAAUCGAUCUGAUCCUUAUGUGAAAGUUUAUCUACUACCUGAUCGUACCAAAAGUGGCAAAAGGAAAACUAAGGUGAAAAAACACACACUGAACCCUGUUUUUGACGAGUCUCUUAAAUUCCAUGUAACAAUCAAUGAAUUAAUCAUCAGAACUCUGUGGCUAUCUGUGUGGCAUAGUGACAGAUUUGGACGCAAUGACUUCUUGGGUGAAGUAAUGUUACCUUUAGGUAAUGAUGCAGUCGAAAAUUCAGGUUCUAAAUGGUAUCCUCUACAAGAGAGAUUGGAAACUUUAGAUGCUCCUGUCAGUUACAAGGGUGACCUUAUAUUAGCUUUGAAGUAUGCUCCUCCUGAUGUCACUAGUCGAAAAUUUUCUAAAAAACCUGGUGUACCUGUAAAAGGUUCCUUAGAAGUUCUUGUAAGAGAAGCUCGUAAUUUAAUGGCUACUCGUUCCAAUGGAACAUCAGAUCCAUUUUGUAAAAGCUAUUUGUUGCCUGACAAAAGCAAAUCUGGCAAACAGAAAACUCCUGUUUUUAAGAAAUCAUGUAAUCCUAAGUGGAAUCAUACAUUCAUUUAUGAAGAUGUUUCGCUGGAUGAUUUGAAAGAGCGUUGUUUAGAGUUGACCAUUUGGGACUAUGAUAAAAUUACAAGCAACGAUUUCCUUGGCGGGGUCAGACUUUGCCUGGGAACAGGUAAAUAUCAAGGCAGAGAAGUUGAUUGGAUGGACUCUGUGGGUGAAGAAAGAUCUCUUUGGUACACCAUGCUAGAAAGACCAAAUACUUGGGUAGAUGGAUCCCUUCUUUUAAGGCCCAACAUGCAGGGGAGAAGAGUUAAUUAAGGAAUGCCAGAUAUAAUGAUUUCAUGUUAUUAUAUUAAAAUCUACCCAGAAUUUAAUUGCAUAUAAUUUUUUUAAUCCAUUUUCAUUAACCCCAGAGUAAAAACUCUGGGGUUAACGAAAAUGAAACUAACAAAAUUUAUCUGAAUGAAAGAAAUGAAAUAUACGUUGAAAAGCAAUGAAAAGAUCUGCUCCUUAAAACUUUAAAGCAUUAUAUGAUAUAUAAGUCUGCAUAUUAUAAAAGAAAAUGAAUGACAGAUUUAAAGAAAUCUCCCACCCUCCUCAUUCUUUACAAUCUUACAUUGAUAUGCAUCUGUAUUUUAUUAAAACCAUCUAAUUGAGUUUUAUAUAUUGGUGUGUUGUAAGAUUCACUAUAUUACUGAAAUACAAAUUUGAACUUCUGUUGGUACAUUCUGGUAUUAAUAUUUUUUUAUUUCAUUUUAAAAAACGAUAUUAUGGUAAUAUUUUUUCUUUUUGCAAAUGCUGUUUUUUUUUCUUUUAAUUUCAGUAUUUCAAUGAAUGAUACUGCCUUUAAAAAAUUGUGAAUGUAAACUACUUGUGUCAUUUGAAUAGAGUCGAAUUUUAAACAAUCAAGAUUACUGAUACUUUUCUGCAAUGCUUUUAGUGAGUAUAUACUGUUGGUUUAUAAAUGGGAGAUGAUACAAAAGUGUGAAUAUUUAUGUGCUCAUUUAUUUUCUUGAAUAUAAUACUUCACUUCAUAGUAUAUUAUACUAUGUUGUUGAAGAACAUAUACUUAAGAGCACUUAACACCAAUAUUAUGUGGCAUGCGACAUGUAGUUUUAGUGAUUAAUCAGAUUAUUAAAUUUUUAUAUCUCCUAUUUCUCACAAUUCAGUAUUAAAUUCUCUCAAAAGCAUGAAUCGAUAAUCCUUUUUUGUCCGGCGCAUUUAUCUUUUUUUUUUUAUGUUCAAAAUAUUUACAUUAGGUGCAAAUCAGACUAUUGCAACAUUAAAACCCUGGACAGAACUUUCAAUAAAACAUGUUGAAAAAUAUGUGAAUUAAUAAUCUAAUUAAAUAAUAUCAUUGUAAAAUAUGAUCUGUCAUCAGAAAAAUAAUUUCUUAUGCAUUCUAUGGAAAUAAAUUAUUUGAUAGAUUCUACUGUUAGAAAGAAUGGUUUUAACAAAGAGAAUUUAAAUAAAAUGCUUCAGUUAGGAAAUUAACAGCAUGUUAUAUUAAAAGAACUAGAGUGUAUAUUUUGAUAUAUUGAAUAAUUUUUAAAUACUAAGAUUAGGGUAGCCCAAAAUAUGUAAAUUGUAUUAAUUUCAAUGAGGUGUUAACUAUUUGGUCAAGGAAUGACUUAUCUAAUAACAUCAUUAUUAAUUAUGUUAAAAACUUUAAUAAAAAACAGAAUAAAAGACAAAAUAAAAUGGGAGAGAGAAAGGUAUCAUCUAUGUGUUAGUUUACAAAUAUCUCUACAUACCACUCUGUAAUCCCAGGAUGAUGAUGGUAGUUGUUGGAUCUCAACUCUAUACUGGAAAAUGCGUCUCUUUGCUCUAUGACCAAUAAUUUCUGUUGGUUCGUCCAACUAUGUAUGUAUAGUUAGAUUAAUUGCAGAGCAGCGCUUUAGAGUUAAAAAUGCAAUGUUCACAUUUGCAGCCUGAAGUUGUUGUUGUAUAAAGAUAUGUAUCAGAUGAUUUUGCAUUUGCAUGAAUAUUUAUGACAAUAUUUUAAUUAUUAAUGCAAUGCCGUUCUGAUAAAUGUCCAUUUUAAAGCUAAAGAUCUCUUAAGGAUCAUCUCACUGGAGAAAAUUGCAUGCAAACUUCAUUUGGCCUAUUUGUCGGCAUGCCUCAUUUUUUAUUUUAACUAUUGAAAAUCCUUAGUGGCUUAGGGAGAAUAAACGUCGUAACAUUUGCUCUCCAUAGCAUCCGGUAUAUCAAUACUUCCUUUUCCCCUCUUUCUCUACCCCAUUGAAUGAUUGAAGAAAUUUUUUUCAAUUAUAACACAUAUUCUUGAUUUACUUUUGCUAAUGCUAUACAUAUAUAUUGAAAUAGUUAUACUAAAUAUUGAUGAGAGGGAAAAAACUGCAUUAUAACUGAAAUAUAAGCUAGAUCUUUAUUUUACAAUUGAAUUUUAAUUAGUAAAUUGUAAAAUAAAUUAGGGGCAGACAGGAUACAGUUUGUUAAAUAAAUGUUUUAUUAAUAUGUUGAAAUUUGAAAAAUUUUUCCAUUUAUACUUUUAAUCAAAUGGUACUAGUAUAUUUUUCAUAAGACUGUAAAAUAUAUUCUUGUAUCUUCUAUGAAUUUAUUCUGUAUUCAGUCGAUAAAGAUAUAUAUUCUUGUUAUAAAAAGGAAUGAUUAUAAUUCUGAUGUUAAUGUUAUAAUAAAAUCGACCGUGUUAGUUGCUAACAGUUUUAUCAAUGUAAUUAGAAAUGUUUCUAGGAUGUUAAGUUCAAAGUGAAAAAUCUAAAUAUAAUGUUAUGCUAGAAAAUAUGUGCUGCUGGCAGCACUGAUUUCCAGAAUUUUUAAUCCCUGUAUUUAUGCUCCUAUAUUUUUGCAUUGUUAUCUAAAGCAAUGUAGCUUCAAGAUGGGAAUUUUAAGCUCAAUACAUAUAUGUAUAUUUAUAUAAACAAAAUAUUUUAUGCAUAUCCUGUGUCUGAACAUUUUAAUUUCAGAGAUGUUAUUAGUUUAUGUGUUAUAGGCGAUACUUUAAGUAAUUUUUUGAAAAAAAAAAACCCAACUUUUUAUUGUGUGCUUUAAUAGACGAUUGUAUAAGUUAGUUGACGAUUCUUAUUUAUUAUAAGAUGAUGAAUCACUUUUCUUCAGUAAGGAUUAUUUUAUUUUAUGCUUCUUCCUAGAAAUUAAAGGAGUCUUUCAAUUUUAAACAAUUUCUAAGGAAGUCGUGCUUUAUGAUAGCAUUUCCCUUCCACUUUUCAAAAAAGUGGGUAUUCUCAUGCUUCAAAAUACUAGGGAAAUUUUUCACGAUUAAAACUGCUUUUUUGUAAAUAACUACUGUGUCAAAUAGUUUUAAAUGAUCAUCAAUGACCAAACAUUUGUGUAGUGCUUGUCUAGGUUCCUAUCUCGGUGAAAAACGAGCUUUUUCUCUCUUAUGAUCUCAUUUGAUUGUUUUAUCAUAAUUUUAUGUCUAUCUAUAUUAUGCAUGUAUAUUCAUAUAUUGUAAUACCUAUGACUCAUUAAUUAUUUUUGUUUUUGCUUGUAUUUGCAUUGUUAUCACUAUCUGAGACGUAGUGCAACAAGCACAGAUUGAUAUCUUUCCUAAAAUAACAAACUGCAUGGGCAUUUAAUAUUUUUGAAAGUUGGAUCAAUUUGUUUAUGAUAAUCGUCCCCCCCCCUUUGUAUUUAUGUAAGUUGUAUCUAACAUUUUUAAUUAAAAGAAUGAUGCAUUAUUGUUUUAUUUUGUUGUUAAAAUUUUUAUUCUUUACAAAACUUUAAAAUUUCUAUAUAUAUUUGUGCAGCUUUGCAUAAAUUUACUUUUCUGAGGGCAACUAGAUGAAUCAUGAAUUUUCUUGAAAGCAAAGUAUGCCUUCCUGUUGAUAGCUAUAAGUUUUUCUUCAUUUCUGCUGUUUCACGGCAACAAAAUUCCAUGCAUUUGUUAUGAUACAACAUAACUUUGUUAACUCUUGUGAAACAUGACACAUCCUUUUAAACUAAUUGCAGCCAAGUGCUGUUAUUUCUGUUAUUCAUUUUUAAUUAAGAUCGUCCAAUUUAACUCCAUUUUUUCACACUGAAGUUUCCUCUUAAACUUACUUCCUAAGUGCCUGAGUUAUUUUGCCUGAUUUGAAUAAUUGUUAUUUCUAAGCUGCAGAUGUGAAGACAAUCCUGUUAUCAAUGUUUUAUUGAAAAUGGUGGAUUUCAUUUGUAAAGGAGCAUAUUUUCUUUUAAUUUUUGGUUUGUGCGCAUGUAUUGCUGUUUUGAUUUAAUUCUAUUUGUGAAACAUAAUGCCGUAUAUAAUACAUGUUCUUUCGAAUAAUUUGCUAAAAAAAAUUUUAUUACUCAUGUUUUCUACGAGUUCGUUGUUUUUCUUAGUGCUGUAUUAUAUUGCUAUUUGUACUUUUUUUUUUUUGUGGUCAACGAAUUGUAUAAAAAAAUGAUUUUUUCAGAAAAGUUUAGUUGGAUAUAUUUCAGUUAAGAAAUUCGUGUUCUGCAGCGUUAAUGUGUGAUAUUCAGUGGUUUUAGUCCUAAGAUACUUGGAAUAUUGUUCUCACCCGAUAUAAUUUAGUAAAUUAUACACUUGCUGUGUUAUUUAAAUGAAAUUGUUUUUGUUUUUCUUUUUUCAAUAAAUGUUUAAAACUCUAAA